AUGCAUACACCUCCAUCUCGUCAGCCAAACGAGCUUCGUCGCAAGAUUUCAACCAGCUCGCUCCUCAAGAUCCCAACCACCGACGAGGAAGCUCCCCUCUCAGUCCACUUUAGCACUGAUAAUGGCUCAAAGACCCGUCUCGCAGGUCCUCCUCCUCCUCGCGAAGGCUCCCACUCGCCAACACCGGCCCCUCGCUCACCACCAUCCUCUCCGCCUUCUCCUCGCGAUGAGCUCCCCAGGGAUUUCGUUGCACUUGAUGGCCUAUUGAACUAUCAUCUAGGCCAGUUGGACCGAAUCAAACGGGAGAUCAAGGAGCAUAAUACCACUCUUGAUCAACUCUCAUAUACUCUUUCAGAUAUGUCAACGCGUCCUGAAGUGCAGUAUGCCGCCAUGUACAUGAACUGGCGCCUUCAGGGGGUUAGGAACGCGAGAAAUCUUCUGGCCAAAUUUGUCGCCUUUCACCUGCAGGAGAUUGACCGCGUUUCUGCCCUAAAGCAGGAGAUGGGUGGAAAUGAUGUUCUUGACGUGUAA